UCCUACGUUCCUACGAUGAGUAAAUCUCCUAGAAAGCUAAUCUUGGAUUCUCCUGAAGAUGCCUGCGACCACGGCGACUUUUCUUUUGCGUUCAACGAUAGCAAUUACUCCGAUCGUGUUCUUCGCAUCUAUAUCUUUUCUGAGUCUACACAGCCCCCAUCAGCAGUAAGAGUUAAAACCGUACAUAUUAGCUCUCCAAUUCUAGCCGCAAGAAGUCCGUUUUUCUACAAGCUCUUGAGAGACUCGGCACAAUGCCAAGCAGCAACCUUGCGAAUCAAUGCUUCAGAGGAAGCUAGUCUCAUGGAACUACUGAAGUUUAUGUAUAGCAACAAUUUAACGGUUACAACUGCUCCUGCUCUACUUGACGUACUAAUGGCUGCUGACAAAUUUGAUGUUUCUAUAUGCACGAGACGUUUCAUUCGUUUAUUAAGAAAUCAAAAGAUCAUGACACCUGAAUUCUUGCUUGAUUAUUUUGAUCUUCCUCCUACUAUUUUAAUGGCUAAAGUAUUUCGGCCAAUGACUGUUUUCGCAAAGCAGUUCUAUGCUGUCCAUUACAAAGACAUAAGCAUGUUUAAAGAUGAGAUUCUUAGCUUGCCACUUGCUGAUGUGGAGGCAAUUAUAGCUAGUGAUGAUCUCCAGGUGACAUCAGAAGAUGCAGUUUACUGGUUUGUCCUCGAAUGGGCCAGAGCUCAGUACCCUAAUAUAGAGGAACGUCGUGAAAUAAUCACGACCCGCCUUGCAAAGUUUAUUCGUUUCCCUUACAUGACACAUACAGAGCUCAUGAAAGUCAAGGAUAGUAAUGAGUUAGAUAGUAGUUUUUCCAUCCAUGUAGUAUCUGAAGCAAUUUGUUUCCAAUGGAAUGUCCUACACCCAGAUAAACUCAAGGAUGACAAAGCUCAUAGGUUUGUGAAACGAGUUUACCUAUAUUGGCCCGCUAAGAAGACGCGUGUGCAAGAACGGGCUGUCUACCUAGAUCGGCUCGCUAGAAAGACGUGGGUGCAAGAUUGUUUCCAUUGGGCAUGGAGGAGUAGGCAGUUUAUUCUUUGUUUUACUGUGUGUUUCCUGUAUUUCACUAGAGCUUGCAGCAAGUUAAACCCCGCUGAGGAGUUUGUUAGCAAAUUGAAAGGGGGCUAUGCAUAUACGGGUUCAAAUAGUAGUGUACCAAUAUUUGUUGGGAAUCCCUUGUACUUUGUUUAGUGAGGAAGAUGAUGCUUAUUUCAUUGAUGUUCAUUUUC